UGUUUUCAGGAAUCAACGUCCCGAAUAACAUGCAAAUAUCUUGAAUUUAUUUAGAUUACAGUCAGAUUAUUUAUUUAUUGUUAGACAUAAAAAAGAAACUAUGAAAAUGCAAAAUGUAUUAAUUAAUCUACAAUGCUGCCAAGUCCAGUGAUCUUUAUUGUUCUGCUGUAUGUUGUCAUGUUAUCUACACCACGCACCGUGAAACUGUGUUCUGUUUGGAAUGAAGUUCUUACAAAGAAAAGGCCACAGCACUAAAAAAAAAAAAAUCUCAGAAAGCUAUCGAUUUAAUUUUCAGACACAGAUCUCGGAUCAGCUUCAUCAAGCCAAUCAGAGCGCGAGAUGCGCGCGAGCGUGUUGUGAUACAUGUGCGCGACGGAAGCGAAUGUCACGAGAAGCACAUUAUAUUUCACGCACCAGAUGACAUCAUAUCUGAUUCUCAUUUUCAACAUUUGACUGGCUAUCAACGAGGACCAUGGCCUCCGCCGACCAAGACCAAGAGUCGCUGCAGAGUCAGAAACACUACUUGUGUGGUUCUGUAGCAGCGUUCGCCAACAUUGCCAUGACAUUUCCCAUACACAAGGCCCUGUUCCGCCAGCAGUUGUUCGGAGUGCAGUCGUGGGAAGCUGUGCGCCAGCUCCAGAGGGACGGUUUGCGCACACUCUACCGCGGCAUCCUUCCACCUCUGCUGCAAAAAAGCAGCACUAUAGCAAUUAUGUUUGGCCUCUAUGAGGACUUCUCCAGAUUGUUGCAGCUACACGCUCCUCAAGCCCCCAUCCUGUUAACGGACAGCAUCGCAGCAGUUUUAGCGGGAACAGCUGAAGCAGUCUUAACUCCUUUCGAGAGGGUCCAAACUCUACUGCAGGACCCACGUCAUCAUGGAAACUUUCAGAACACUUCGCAUAUUUUUCGCUUUUUGCUUCAACAACACGGCAUCCGAGAGCUUUACCGUGGCCUUGUUCCAAUCCUACUCAGAAAUGGCCCUAGCAAUGUUUUUUUCUUUGGCUUGCGUGGACCGAUUAAGGAACUGCUCCCCGAAGCCGAGACAAAGGCAGGGCAUUUGGUUAAUGACUUUGUAUGUGGAGGGAUUCUGGGAGCGGGUCUCGGGGUGGUGUUUUACCCUCUGAAUGUAGUUAAGUCUCACGCACAAGUACAGAUUGGAGGGGAGUUUCAGUCCUGCAGGGUGAUACUGGCAAACGUUUUGAGAGAGAGGAACGGGAAGGUGAGCCGUUUGUUUCGUGGUGUGCAUUUGAACUUCCAGAGAUCUGUUUUCUCAUGGGGAAUCAUAAAUGCUACAUAUGAACUUUUACUGAAAAUGCUCUGAUAGAGAUGAGACGGAAUUAAAGUGAAAAGCAUCAACAAUUCAGAGAAAAAAAAGUGGAAAAGAAGUCUUCCUCAUUCUAUUUCUGCUGCUAAAAAUAAAAUACAGCAUUAAAAAGGGAUAGUUGACUCAAAAGAUGAAAAUUCUGUUUUCAUUUCUUCAUCGUCAAGGCUAUCUGAAAACACAAAGAAAGGGAAAUGUUUGAUUUGAAAAUUUUUAAGCAAUAGAUCAUUUUGUAUUUAAAAUAGUAUUUAAACCAUUAAAAUGGGAUGCAUAACCUUUCAAAAGAUUGGAGUUGGCAAGAUUUUUUAAUUCAAUAAUGACAUGCAGUAAAAAGGGUAAUAAUCAAAUAUUAUUACAGUUUAAAAUAAGUUUUUUUAAUUAUUUUAAUAAUUUUAAAAUGUAAUUCAUUCCUUUGAUUUCAAAGCUGAAUUUUCAGCAUCAUUACUCCUGUCUUCAGUGUCCUUCAGAAAUAAUUUUAAUAUGCUGAUUUGCAGCUCAAGAAACAUUUCUGAUUAUUAUCAAUGUUGAAAACAGUUGUGUUGCUUAAUAUUUAUGUG